AUGCCGCAACGCCCGGCUCUUUCGGACGUCAGCAACCGUGCUGGCGUCGCGAGAGACCACGUUAUCCCAGAUGGCGCCGUCAAAUUGGCACCUGGUCACAACGGCCUGCGUGCUCAGCACACCAAAAGCAUGACCCGCCUCCGCGAUGCCCGAUCCCGGUCAACGACCCAGGAAGGACUGCCAGGACCAACGCGUUCCAUCUCAGAACAGCGCAAUCUUGCGUCUGGCGGCGUUCAGUCCAUGGACGUCGAAGCGCCGCGACUCUUGCCGCCGUUCCAAAGCUCCGCGUCUGUCAAGGCGGGCAUCAACAGCGAGGCAGGGAGCAGCAGACUGCAGCAAGAUGCAGAGAUCUACGACCUUGCCGCCUCUCAGCACGACGACGAUGUCAUUGACGAGGACGACAUGUCGGACGUCGAUUCGACCUCGAGCAGCGAUGAGGAUACCGCAGAGGACGCCGGCGUAGACCAGGCCAACUGGCUCGAGUCGGAGCGUCUCGACGCAGGCGGACGACCCGAAAGCGUCACCUCGGCAGAAGACGGUGACUUGCUUGACUUCAACUUUGAUCCAGAAGGGCUCGUUUCGUUGCAUCCAGAGCUCGAGGAAGCAGCGCGGCGCAAGGUAGCCUCGAUCAAGUCUCGUUACCUGGAGGAAGUCAUCCAGCCCCGCGCAGUGCUCGCCCAAGCUCAACGUGCAGAGGCGGUCGCCGCUGGUCAGCUCUCGGCAGACCUGGCUGCGCACGAAGAUGAGCUGAUCGUCAUGGGCCUCGAUCCAGAGGAGGUGCGCGACACCAGCAUGAUGGCCGAGUACUCGAACGAAAUCUUCAGCUACAUGGCGCGCUGCGAACGCGAGACCAUGGCCAAUCCCAACUACAUGGAGUUCCAGAGCGAGAUCCACUGGCACAUGCGUGCAACGCUCGUCGAUUGGCUCUUGCAGGUCCACAUGCGCUACCACAUGCUCCCCGAGACGCUCUGGAUCGCCAUCAACGUGGUCGACCGCUUUCUCAGUGUGCGCGUGGUCAGCCUCGCCAAGCUGCAGCUCGUCGGUGUCACCGCCAUGUUCAUCGCCGCCAAGUACGAAGAGAUCUUGGCGCCCAGCGUCAAGGAGUUCGUCUACAUGACGGAAGGCGGAUACUCGCAGGAGGAAAUCCUCAAGGGAGAGCGUAUCAUCCUUUCGACGCUCGACUUCAACAUCUCGUCGUACUGCUCGCCGUACUCGUGGGUGCGCAAGAUCUCCAAGGCCGACGACUACGACAUCCGCACGCGCACGUUGUCCAAGUUCUUGAUGGAGCUUGCGCUGCUCGAUCAUCGCUUCUUGCGUGCUCGACCGAGCCUGGUGGCAGCUGUUGGCAUGUUCCUGGCAAAGAAGAUGCUCGGAGGCGAGUGGGACGAUGCGUUCGUCUACUACUCUGACUUUACCGAGGAGCAGCUGGUGCCCGGAGCGAACCUGUUGCUAGAGCGUUUGCUAGAUCAGGGCUUCGAGGAUCAGUUUGUGUACCGCAAGUACUCAAACAAGAAGUUCCUCAAGGCCAGCGUGUUCGCCCGCGAUUGGGCCUUCCAGAACCACGAGGCGCUGCUCGCGGCAGCGGCGGCGGCGGCGGCGGCGGCAGCGGUAGCAGGCCAGCAGGCGCAAUAG